AUGAGGUGGAUCCUGUUCUUUGGGGCCUUUAUUGGGCCCAGCAUCUGUGGUCGAGAAAAAUUUUUUGGGGACCAGGUUUUUAGGAUUAAUGUCAGAAAUGAAGACGAGAUCAACAAACUGACUCAGCUAGUGAAUUCGGAGAACUUUAUGCUUAACUUCUUUAAACAUCCCUCCACCUUCGGGCGUACUGUGGAUGUCCUGGUUCCGGCUGUCAGUCUACAGCCAGUCAAAUCCUUCCUGAAGUCCCAAGACUUAGAAUACUCAGUAACAAUCGAUGACCUUCAGGCCCUUUUAGAUGAUGAAGAUGAGGAGAUGCAACAAAAUGAAGGAAAAGAACGGAGUGGUGACGAUUUUAACUACGGUGCCUACCAUUCUCUGGAAGCUAUUUACCGAGAAAUGGACAGCAUGGCCACAGAUUACCCCGACCUUGUGAGCAGGGUGAAGAUCGGAUAUUCCUUUGAGAACCGACCGCUGUAUGUCUUGAAGUUUAGCACCGGAGCAGGAGAGCGGCGGCCGGCCAUCUGGCUGAACGCGGGCAUUCAUUCCCGCGAGUGGAUCUCCCAGGCCACAGGCAUCUGGACGGCAAGGAAGAUUGUAUCUGACCACAAGAAGGACCCCGCCAUCACUUCCAUCCUGGAGAAAAUGGACAUUUUCUUGUUACCUGUGGCCAAUCCCGAUGGUUAUGUGUACACUCAAACCAAAAACCGAUUCUGGAGGAAGACACGGUCCCAAAAUCUUGGAAGCCGCUGCAUUGGUACAGAUCCAAACAGAAAUUGGAAUGCUAGUUUCGCAGGAGAGGGAGCUAGCGACAACCCAUGCUCUGAAGUGUACCAUGGACCCCAUGCAAAUUCAGAAGUGGAAGUGAAAUCAGUGGUAGAUUUCAUUCAAAAACAUGGGGAUUUCAAAUGCUUCAUUGACCUGCACAGCUACUCACAGUUGCUGAUGUACCCGUAUGGAUAUACGGUCAACAUGGUCCCGGAUGCUGAGGAGCUGGACACAGUGGCAAGGCAUGCGGCCAAAGCUCUGGCUUCUCUGUCGGGCACAAAGUACCAAGUGGGUCCCACCUGCACUACUGUCUACCCAGCCAGCGGGAGCAGCAUUGACUGGGCGUAUGAUAAUGGCAUCAAGUAUGCCUUCACAUUUGAGUUGAGAGAUACUGGGCACUACGGCUUCCUGCUGCCAGCCAACCAGAUCAUUCCCACUGCGGAGGAGACCUGGCUGGGCCUGAAGACCAUCAUGGAGCAUGUGCGGGACCACCUCUACUAG